GAGAAAGACUAAUUCCUCUGGCGAAAUGCUGCGCUGGAAGCUGGAUCGGAUAAUGAAUAUCGUCAUCGUUCUUGCUGCGACGCGACGGUGCUGAUUCCCGGAAGUUCAAGAACAAACGCAUCGGAAAUGCUUCUCUCCAUCGUCGGAGCCACUCCCGCUUCGCCUUCCCCGCUCCACUUCAGCGCCUGCAGCCCGUUCCUGCCCAGAUCCCUCUUCCCCGGUUUCGGCGCCGCCCGCACCCGUUUCCUCCUCGGGAGCCUGCUGCGCUCGGGGAGCGGGAACAAGAAGCCCGUGACGGGGGCCGUCAGUGCCUCCCUGAUAGAGGCGCCCCUGCUCUGGGCCGGGCGGCUCUGCGUCUUCUAUGCUCUGCUCAAGGCGGGGCUGGCUGGAUCUGAAGCCAACCCACUUGUCUCAGAGUUGGAGGGUGGUGAUGGGGUCGGUGGUGAAUCUGGUGAUCUGGGAUUCUCCGAGUGGCUCGGGAGCUUGCAGAAGAAACCAGAGAAGGAAGCAGCUGACCGGAGAAAAUUGGUGAGUAAAUGGCAUCCUACAACAAAGGGUACUCUCAGGCGAAACUACCGAGUACCUUCCAAGUCCGAAGGGCGGCGCCUUCUAAAAGCAAUUGCGUCCUUGCUCUCUGAGGAUGAUCACUUCACGGAUGCCACUUCCCACAAGGGCUGUCAAAUUAGAAGAGAGAGCGCGCAUGGAGAAAGCGUAUGUUGCAACAAUGUGAGGGCUUUAUUCGACGAACUCCCAACUCCGCACGUAAUUGUGGAAAUCACGGCUUUCCCUGCUGGGCCUCUCACAGACAACGAUUAUGCCAAGGCCGAGAAACUAGAACGCGUGCUCAGAUCUGGUCCUUCUAUUUAAGCCCUUUUGUGGGUUGCACGCUGUCUAACCUGUAAAUAACAAUUACAAAAGUACGGACGUUUGUGCUGUUGCUCGAGUUCUGUCAAGUGAGCUACGUCUCCCUUUUGCA